AUGGGGCGAAGAGGCGAGCUAACCUCUAUGCAGCAGACUUUCUGCUACUGCUUCGACCAGUGCCCACAAUUCUCCCGAUCGCCGACUUCCUUCAGUCCGUCUCGUCUCGACGCGGUCUUUGGCGCACGGCUCGUUUCACCCCCGGUGGUGCACGCUGCGGCGAAAAGGGCCCGCCGGGGGAGAUGCAACUGGUGCGGGGCACCGACGACGACAACCUGUGCCGAUGAACUUCCGCGUGCACCCACCGAGAGACGGCGCCGACGACGGGCGCUCCUCCAGGCGUCGUUCGGCCGCACGCUGCUUGCAGCCUCGCGUAGCAAGCCCAUCACUUCUCUCGCACAGCACGAUUGCGGACAGUCGGUCUGGAUUACAAGUACUGCCCACGGGUGGUGGCUUUUCUCGUCGAAUGCAAAGGCAUUAGCUGCAGCACUCUGGCAGGUUCAUCUAACCAAUAUGCUAGAGAGCAUCCAGCACCGCGCCACCCGGACACUGUUCACCCACUUCGGCAGCAGCCGCGACGUACUUCCACGGUAUGAGGCACGACUGCAACGCUUUGGAUGGCAGACGCUCCAGCACCGGCUCACUGUCACCCGUGUAGGCCUUCUCUGCCGCUUCCUCGAUUGA